CGAUCUCCAAAUUCACUCGGGCACUUGUCUGUCGUCAUCAUGUCUCCAGAGUCCAGUAUGGAUCUAGGGCUUUCGGCGCUGAAGGUCUCUAAGUGGAGUUUCUAAUCCUUGUUGUAAAAUAUGUGGAUGAUGCAAUAGAAGAGGGCCAUGCGAGUUCUAGGAGUUAGGCGAACAGGUUGGGCACAUAUUAAUACGUCCGAAGUUUCCGAUAGGAGAAGAAGGGAGUCAGAAGAGAAAUGCAGCCGCCAUGGUUCCCAAUGCAGUGUGUUGUUGGCUUCAGAGUUCAUGGCGCUCAAUGCUCUCUUUAUCCAUUUCUUGGGGGCAUUUCUACUCUGGCAACAUGUACACAAGAUGACCGACUUGCGUGCAGGACCUUUUCUUUAUCUAAUUCUGAGUUCUUGCUUGCUUAUGUAAGAAGAAAAUGAAGCUGUCAAUAUUUUCUUCAGCUGCCUUGCAUGAAGAAUCAAUUUGCAAUAUCAACGAGGACAAUCUAGAACUGCUUUUGGUAU